ACGGUAUUUCUUAUGACUAGUUUGCAUAUAACGUGGUAAAAUGAAGGUUAUAUUACAAAAAUAUAGAGAAAACGGUCCUCGAUUUCCCAUGGAAAAAAGGUUUGUGUUUGUAGUAUUCUCAUUGGUCAUAGGUGUUGUUCAAUCAGUAAAUGCAGAGGUGCCAGCCAUCUUCGUGCUAGGAGACUCCACAUCUGAUGUUGGAACCAACAAUUAUUUGCCUCAAAGUACCAUAAAAGCUAACUUCCCACACCAUGGGAUCGAUUUCCCUUUUGCCAUACCAACUGGCAGGUUCAGCAAUGGCUUCAAUACUGCUGAUUUUCUUGCUAAACUAUUUGGUUUCAAGAAAAGCCCACCACCAUUUUUUUCUCAAAACGUAAAAUUUUCGAUUAAGAUACGUAAGUUCAGAGGUAUAAACUUCUCAUCCGCAGGAUGUGGCCUUCUUGGCUCGACCGGACAAACAACACCUCUGCAAAAGAAUGUUAUCACAAUGGAGGAACAGUUGUUCCAAUUCUCUACAGUUCACAAUGAUCUCUUGACUUUCAAAGGUCCAUUAGAAACCGAGAAGUUUCUCUCCAAGUCUCUGUUCUUCAUCAGCAUUGGUAGCAAUGACAUUAUGAAUAAUUACUAUUCAAGCAACCCGAUACCAAAAGAAUACUUCAUACCCAAAUUAGGACUCGUAUAUGAGAAACAUUUGAGGAACCUAAUUAGUCUCGGGGCAAGGAAGUUUGGCAUAGUAAGUGUUCCAGCACUUGGGUGUUGCCCAUCUCAAAGGAUUUAUCAAGCUAACGGUGAAUGUUUGGAGGAGUUGAACAACCAAGCAAGGGCUUUCUUUUCAACAAUGGAGCUCCUUUUGGGCAACCUCCGUUUAGAAUUCAAGGACAUAAAGUAUUCUCUUGGAAAUAUAGUUGAUAUGACACUGAAUGUCAUCGAUAACGCUCUAGCAUUCAAUUUUAAAUUUGUGAAAACAGCAUGUUGUGGAAGCGGCACAUUGAAUGCACAAGGCUCUUGUUCUCCCAUAUCUGAUCUUUGCUCAAAUCGCAAUGAAUACUUGUUCUGGGAUUCGUUCCACCCGACACAAACUGCUUCAAAGUUGGCAGCUUUUACACUCUACGGUGGUGAACCAAGAUUCGUAUCCCCUAUCAAUUUUUCCCAGCUGCCAGAUGCUUAA